AGGUAACGGGGCCGGGCGGGGCGCGCCGCUGCCGAGCGCACCAUGCUCCGCGGGGGCUGGCGGAGCCUCGGCACCGCCCUGGCUGCGCUGGGAGCCGGGGCCCUGCUCCGAGCCGGGGUGCGCCGGGCGUUUUAAGCUGACUCACAGCCCCAAGUAGGUCCAGCGCAGCUGCGAGCUGUCUUCCUGCACACAGAGCACGAGCAGAGGAAGUCGAAGACGGUCACGCAAGCCGACAUGAAGGUGGAGUUACUCCCAGCGCUCACUGACAACUACAUGUACCUCCUCAUUGACGAGGAAACGAAGGAGGCUGCAAUAGUGGACCCUGUGCAGCCCCAGAAGGUUUUGGAUGCAGUCAAAAAGCAUGGCGUGAAGCUGACCACUGUCCUGACCACACACCAUCACUGGGACCAUGCUGGAGGAAAUGAGAAGCUUGUAAAGAUGGAGACGGGGUUGCGUGUGUAUGGGGGAGACAGCAGAGUUGGAGCACUGACACAGAAAGUGUCUCACCUUACGUCACUCAAGGUGGGAUCUCUUAAUGUGAAAUGCCUCUGUACGCCGUGUCACACUUCUGGACACAUCUGUUAUUAUGUGACUAAGCCAAAUAGCUCCGAGCCACCUGCAGUUUUUACAGGUGACACGCUGUUCGUGGCUGGCUGCGGGAAGUUCUUUGAGGGGACCCCUGAGGAAAUGUACAGAGCGUUGAUUGAGAUUUUGGGCAGCUUGGAUCCUGAAACGAGAGUUUACUGUGGCCAUGAAUACACUAUCAACAACCUCAAAUUUGCUCGACACGUUGAACCCAACAAUGUCAGCAUCCAGGAAAAGCUUGCUUGGGCCAAGGCCAAAUAUGACAGUGGAGAGCCAACCAUACCCUCCACCAUUGCAGAAGAGUUUACGUACAACCCCUUCAUGCGAGUGAGGGAGAAGACGGUUCAGGAGCACGCUGGGGAGACCGACCCCAUCCGCACCAUGGGAGCCAUCAGGAAAGAGAAGGACAACUUCCGCGUCCCGAGGGACUGAGCACUCUGCCUUUGUGUCACUUUAUUGUCGUUUCAUAGUAACUUAGGCUGUUCAGAUGUUUUAGAAAUUCUGUCGUGGUCCAGACAGUCCUGUUUAGGUUUCUAGUUUGUUUUAAUUAAGGAAAAAAAAAAAAAAGCACUUUGCCCUUGUUGAGAUAUUCUGUUGAGACAUUCUACAGCAUAUUUAUAUUAUGAUGAAGAAUAUUUAUCCCUCUGUUGCUGGCUCUCAAGCUGUCACAUGCAGCUCAUUGUACAGGUGUUGGUACGUGGCUGGGGGCUGGAGUGGGGAUGGGUCAGAGCUCGAGGCCCAGGAACAAAUCCCCGUUACUUUUGUGGGCGCCUGAUGUGAACACAGACUGUGGCACUGGGGCUGUUUUAAGCGACGUUCACCAGUCUCCAUUUCAAAGAGGGAUAAAAUGCAGUAACUGCGUUGCCAGCUGAAGAUUUCAGCUUUUCUUCCAUGCUGCUGCUUAUUCAGAGCAUCACUUCUGGCUGCAUUAAACCACUUCCCGGUGGCGUAACGCUGCAGUAACUUUUCCAGGCAGCGUGCUGGCUCAGAGAUUGCACUGUUGCUUAUGCCCUUCCUCUGUUACCUGCAGCCCGCUUGCAUGGCACCUGCUUGCUGCUCCUGGGUGCGAGCUGUACUUUACUUGUAGUCGUAGACAGAAAGGAAGAAGGGAUUUGUCUGCUGGGAGGCUGCGGCUCGCAGAGCUGAGUUCAGUGGGAGCAGAUGCGGGGUGCUGCCGUGAUUCACGCGUACCCUGCAGCCAGCUCCUCUCCUGCUGGGUGUGAUGGGCAGCGAUGCCGUAACGAGCUCGCAGCCGCUGUGACCAGGGCCUGCUGUUGUCAAGUGGCAGUGUGCGAGCAGAGUUUGGUGUAGCACCACUUCUUUGUUGGUUUGGUUUUGUUUUUUAAAAAAAGAAGUUAAAUUUUUUAUGUACGUCAGGUUAAAAAAAAAAAAAGGUACCUAAAAUGUUACUGACUCCUUAACUCGAAUGCUGUGCUGCUACAACGAAGCAUGACUGUACUGACCGCUGCUUGACCACUGAGGAAAUAAACGCAACUGUAAGCGGUGUGGCAGUCUGCAACAGGUGCAG